CCGGUUCCAACGUCAUCUUUCGAUGAUUCUUGUAUGUUUACUUAUCACACAUUUCUAGAUAUUUAUUAAAACUAUUGUUGACAAAGAUUAAUAAUGUCCAACCCAAACGAUCAAAAUUAUUUUUAUGGCCAAUCAGCCGGGAUGGGCCAACAAGCUGGCUAUGGAUGGGGAGAUGCAAAUCAAGGAGAAGGAAUUUCAUUUGAUAUGGAUUCCAACUUUGGACAAGACCAAAAUUUUCAGUCAUUUGAUUACUCACAAACAUCUGGACAUGCAAACACAGUUCCUGAUACCAGCUCCUCAGGACUUUACCCACCAUUACCACAGGGCUAUGAAUCCUCUUACAUAGGUUCACCACCAAGCGUUUAUGGUGGCCAAUUUUUGAAUCCCAAUGCGUCAUCCUUCCCCCCCACAAACAUGGUUUCUAGUGGAACUGACUUUGAGGAUGAACCACCACUACUUGAAGAACUAGGCAUCAAUCCUGACCAUAUCUUCCAAAAGACAUUGGCUGUUUUGAAUCCUUUACGAGAAACAGAUGCUGCUAUUCUACAAGACACAGACCUAGCGGGACCCCUUGCUUUCGUCCUAGCUUUUGGAGGAUUUUUACUUCUGUCAGGAAAGGUUCACUUCAGCUACAUCUAUGGUAUUGGCGUUCUUGGCUGUUUGGCAAUCUACGCAAUGCUCAACUUGAUGGCUGUAUCGGGUGUCUCAAUUGGUGUUACGGUUAGCGUCCUUGGCUAUUGCCUCUUACCAAUGGUAGCACUCUCAGGAAUCAGCAUUCUCAUCUCUCUUCAGGGAAUUGUUGGCAUUUUGCUCACUGCACUUGCCAUCUUAUGGUGUUCGCUAUCAGCAUCAAAAUUGUUCGUAACCGCCUUGACAAUGGAUCAUCAACAGCCGCUGGUCGCUUAUCCGUGUGCCAUGUUGUACGGAGUGUUUGCCUUGCUUACUAUUUUCUGAAAAUAUUCAUCAUUUUGUUUUAUUUUUUCAGAACUUCCAUUGCUUCUUUUCCCUCUUAUUUUCACAAUAUGUUAAAAAUUUAUCUGCUUUUCCUACAGACUUUGAAAGAUGGCUUCAGUUGUAAUGAUGAAUACACCGUGUUGACCGAU